GCAUACUAAAAGUUCAUUUGAAGAUGAAAACCCCCUUUAAAAGUUGCCUCAAAGUAAUUUGGCUUUAGUUGGACGGUUUAAUUGUGAUGUUCAGUUUUCUGUAGGGUUUCUAGAAGUUCUCAGACUCUAGACUUCAAUACGUUUUUCCUAUUUGAGAGGCAACUGAAUUAAAUGUACCCUUUUCUAAUGGUUCAUGGGGCUUACAUAUACUGUGGAUAAAUGUGAGACAAAAUUGUAUUACAUUGCACAGAAUUCCUCUAAUGUCAACUCUGAGUGGAGUCUUCCAACAAGACAAAAACUCUUAGAAGAUUGGUGGGAGCAGAGGUGGGUCACAUUAUUAUAAUAUGAAAUCUGUACUUAUGUUAUUAAGGAUUCAUAUAUAAAAACAAGUAAUAACAAGUCAGAUUGUGGCAGAGAGAGAAUAGGAAGUGCAAUCAUCAGAUAUUUUACCCUCCACCUAUUUAUUGUAACACAACUGAUGUCUGAACCAUCAAGAUCUGGUAUCAGCAGUGAGUCAUUGGUUGUAGGGCAGAACUAUCUAACCCUAUCAAAAUCUCCUCCUAAUUUUAAUAGAAUGCAUCGUGAGAAGACCCAGAUAACUCAUGUUUCAGGGGAAGAAGAUUAAUAAAUCUCCCCAAAUCUCAGGCAUAAAUCACUAAGUACAGGGAGUGGCUGUCAAGAGAUAGAAAGAUAAGUUGCUACAAAUACUUCUGUGCUGAGCUGCAGUGGGGAAAGAACUGAUGGCAGACGUCUCGUUGGUUCUAAACAGUCGCAUCCACAUUGUUACUUCUACAUUACUGACAAACAGAACCAUUUCAGCCUAUAUCAAGUGUCUGCUGACGCUGGGCAGAGUUGAUAAGAAGGCUUCAACGUGUGACUAGAAGACCAGCAAACAGGAAGCUUAGAACAUCCUUUGAGAGGCAAAUAAAGAAUAUACAAAGCGGAUUAUAAGUACAAAUGCAAGAAGUGGAGAGUGCUUAUGGAAAUGUGUUGGGAAAAGUUCCUUCAUCUGGUAAGAAGAAAUGCUCAUCAAGGAGGCUGGUAUUCAUCCUAAUGGGUCUAACCAUCACUAUGCUCCUGCUCUUAAUGAUCGUGGCUGCCUUUCUAUUUGUUAUGUAUUUUCAUACAUUUGAGGGGAGGAAGACCAUUGAACAGAGCAUCUCACAGAUGACACAAAACGUUCCAGAUAAAUCCUGUGGUUCUUGCUGGAAGAAAUUUGAUGGAAGCUGUUAUUACUUUGAAGUAAAUCGAAUGACCUGGAUAGAGGCUCAUCUCUCUUGUAAAAGGAUGGAUAGUGACCUGGUCAUUAUCAACAGCGACAUUGAGCAGAAAUUUCUUCACAGUAAAACUGGUGACGAUCUUUACUGGAUUGGUCUCGAGAAGAUUAGAGACGUCUGGACAUGGGUUGACGGAACAAUCCUCAAAGCAUCAUCUGGAUUUUGGCAAACAGGGGAACCAAAUAAUAAACACGGGAAUGAAAAAUGCACUCACCUAUCCUUUGAGGGAAAGAUGAAUGACGCACGAUGUGACGAUGUGGAAUACAAGUGUCGCGCCAUCUGUGAGAAAAAAAACAUCUCAUGAAAAGAAAAAAGGAUGAACAUUUGGCCCACACUUUAUACCUUUGACUCCACUUUAUUCCCUGGCCCCAUGUUUUAGGACAUAGCAUAACUUCAUGGAUUGUGCAAUGACUGUGUGUUGCAGUUAUGGUCAAUGCAUAUUUUUGUUUACUAUUAAGUGUACAAUGUCCAGACAAAAUAACUAUAUUAACUUGCUACUAGCAAGUUUGCAAGGGUAGAGAAAAAAUAGAGCAUUGCUAUAUAAAUAAACAAAGAAAUAAUAUUA